GGGAGGAGUUGAGAGUGGUUGAUGCACGACGAUCACGGCUGGACACAAAAGUACCUGACCUUCACUUGAGACAUACCAUACACACAUACACGCGCACACGACGACUCCAUCGAACAGCAGAAACGCCGCGAGAAAGACUUCGACCUCCACAUCACAUGCUAUACCAUUGAAGAGCUACGAACAUGGCGGACGGAGAGGCGGCGCCCGCUGUGGUCAAUGGCGACCACGCUGCUGCGCUGGACAUGUGGGAAGUGCGGCAGACAGUGCUGUCUAACUCCACCAAGAGACGAAGCACCGAACUGCACAGUAUCCACGAGAAGCUCGUAAAUGGAACCUUCCCUGUAUCCCAAGUUCCUGCUCUUCUGCACACUCUGCUCGAUACAUAUCCUUUGUAUGUUGAUGGCCGCUCACGCCAGGCCGUCGAAAGUUGUCUGGCUGCCAUUGCUGCCAUUCCCCAGUCCGCCAACGUGCUCCCUGGAUUUGUAAAGGCCCUUGAAACCGAGUCAGUCAAAGCUGGCAAUGCGCCAAGCAAUGCAUUUGUGUUGUCGAGAUGGGCAUCACUAUUCAUGCAACAGGCUGCGCAGGACAAGGCGAAGUGGGACUCAUGGGGUCCGAGAGCAGUAGCGGCACUCAACAAUGCUUUAAACAUCCUUCUGGCCUCGUGUCCUAAGGACAGCACUCGGGAAACGGCGCUUCGAGUGAGCAGGCGUGCAUUUCGAAUAUUGGCUAAAGCGCCUUUCGGACCAGAAGCCCUCACCUCCUGCAUCACCACUCUUUCUGCCAAGGCUGCUUCUCCGGUCUCGACUCAUGCAGUGCCCUUGGGCAUCAUUGCGGGCGUCUGCAGCCGGUUACCAGAUCGAAAAGGUGUGGUCGAAGCUAAGAAAGCCGAUUAUUUUGCAUUCUACUUGCGCGAGUUCCUUGGAUCAAAGCUGCAAUUGCCACCAUAUGUUGCAAAUGCGCUACAUGACUUCUUUGAAGCUUACGUGACACAAGAAGAUCUCACGAAGGAAUUGAUCCCAGCAAUUGAGAAGUCUCUGCUGCGAGCGCCAGAGGUUGUCCUCAAUGACCUUGUGUCUCCUGUUGUAUUAGCAUUGCCCAGAGAGCUGGACCUUUCGGAGAUUCUUGCCAAGAACCUUACCAAGCCUCUCCUUGCAAACGUCAAAUCCACGAAACCAGAGAUUCGUGAAGGUGCGCUGCGCACAUUCAAAGCAGUGGCGUCUCGCUCACACAGUGACACAUUUGUCGAAAAGUCUGCCGACGAGAUUCUGAAUCCAUUAAAGGCUGGAAAGGUCACGGCUGCCGACCAGCGCGUACUGCAUGCUGAGAUGCUUUCUUCUUUGCCACCGACGAGUGCACUUGCGACCAGAGUUCCGGCCGGGCUCGUGGCCGUGGCGAGCAAAGAAGCGAACGAGUCAGCUGCGCUGGCCGAAAUAGGCUGCAUUGCCAACUACGCACGCUUUAGUCUUGAGAAUAAAGUCAAACUAGAUGCUAUGAUCGUUGAUGCUUUCACCAAAGGCCUAGCAGAGAAGCGUUUGCCAAUGCGUCGAGUAUGGGCACUGCAGCUGGCAGACCUCGUGUGGUCAACCUCUCCAGAAGCAUCCAACAGCGAGAGUGCUGUCGCGUUACUGGAUGCAUCGAUUGGGAAGCUGAUUGAUGUCUUGAACGAGGUCCAUGCUAACCCCAUACCGGCUCUGCAGUCUGGCCAGGUAUCUGUGGCAGCGGUGGCGACCGCGCUCGGUCUUGCACGUGCAACUGCAUUACCAUCGCUCAAAAAUGCCGGCAUCGUCCAAAAGGCCGCUAUUGGCGACAAGGUCCUCACGCUCGAGCCAAAGCCAUCGUUCCUACUCAGUCCUCGGAUAUACACCAAGCUGACUGCAGAAGAAGACCUGCGGUGGUUUCUCCACGCCUUGGUGGCCGCUUUCCCAAGCCUGACAGGCAAGGACAGCCUGGCCGUGCAGAAUGCCUGGGCUCAGGCAAUGAUCUAUCUCAUUACCUCAUCUAACGUGCCAGCAAAGGUCAAGAGUGAGGCAGUUCGGUCACUUCAAGGGCUUUACAUCGCCAAUGCAGAAGCCGUCAUGAGCAUUGUCGUCGGUGGCCUAUGGCAGUGGUGCGAGGACCUCGAGACCGGCGCCAAGGACAGUGCUGCCAUUGCCGCUAAGACUGGUCGGGAAGAGCUGCAAAAAGUCAUCAGGGCGAUUUGCUUAGACCCAGAGACAGCUGCAAAGCUCGGCACACCUGUAAUGAAAGAGAUCAUCGAGAAUCAGCUACAGAGACUACUUGUUCUCUGCCGUCCACAACUCAUACCAAAAGCUUCGUGGAUUCAGACUUGCUUACGGACCGGUACGGAUCCAGGUCAACUAGUCGAGAGAUCCACAUCAAACCUCCUGGAACAGAUCCUGACGGUGACAGAACAUUCCGUAUGGAAAUCACUGCCUGCAUUCCAGCUGGCGGCGACUUACGCCGCUGCAGAUCUUGCAUUCGUUGCUCCCAAGGUGUUCACGCCCAUCAUUGUUCAACAGAUCAGCUCCGACCUCAAUCCAACGCAACUCAGCGACGUAGGUCCUACGGAGGCUGCCAUCUACCGUACACCCGAGGGCACCGCUUUUGUCGAUGUCCUUUCCAGCAAGUCGCAGGCGCCAGAGAUCAGCAAGAAUCAGAAGGAUUAUGAUACACUGAAGUGGGAACAAGAGCUUCGGAACCAGCUGGCGGCCAAGAAAGGCCAGACUAAGAAGCUGACCGCAGACGAGCAAGCCAAGGUCAAGGCACAGCUGCAGAAAGAGUCCGAGAUCAGACAGAAGGUGGCAUUGGUGGAUGCAAAGCUGCGACGUGGCAUCGGCUUCAUCAAUGCACUCACGACCGGCCCUCCCACCGAAGCUGAGGAGUGGUUUGGAACUUCGGUGAAGCUGCUUUUCGAUAUCAUUCAGGCUGGUGCAGGUCUGAUAUUGGGCGACGCUGCCUCACUCGCCUACCUCCAGUGUUCCGACAAGAUCUCAACACGUCUGGGUCCGCUGAGGCCUUUUGUCGGAGUCUCCACGCUUCGCUCUGCUGGCAUCACAUUACUGCCCGAGAAUCUUUUGGCAGAACCUCUUGGUGAUCUUGUCACCCGGAUCCUCUAUCGCCUGAGAUCCCUAGGAGAGCAGCGGCCGUUCGAUUCUGUUUCUCUCAGCUACAUACUGGCACUGGUGUUCCUCGUGCUGGAGAAUGGUGGCAUCGAUCGUGCUACGCCGGAAGAUGCGGACGAGCAAAUCAUGCUUGCCAUCGAAUUCAUCUCGUUCCACACUGAGACUUGUGCAGACCCCAGUCUCCCUCGCCAAGGACUACUCGAUACACUGAUCAGGUCGCUGCAGAGGUUCCCUCAGCACUUCAAGGAAAUCAAAGACUGCUUCACUGAUCUAUCUCGGCAUCUUUCUGCUAACUUGAACGAAGCCGAGACGGAUACAGUAGUGAGAGGUACAAUUGUACCCGAGACAUCUGUGCGGAAUGCUGUGCUUCAGGCCAUCAGUGCCGAACUGGAGCUGACGGAUCGCGAGUUCUAUGAAGAGAUCUGGCUUGCCAACCAUGAUGACGACGAAGACAAUGCUGGCACCGCACACGAGAUCUGGGAGGAGAAUGAGCUCAAGGUCGUCCCUGAUGGUGCCGUGAAGUGUUUGCCAUAUCUUGAAUCCAAAGAUUCGCAGCUCAGGCGAGCAGCCGCUCGUGCAGUUGCCGAUGCAACGCAACAGCAUAUCAGCACUUUCCAAGACAUCCUGAGCAGAUUACGGGGUUCGUAUAUCGAGGCUGCGAAGCCGAAGAAGCCGGAGCUUGAUCGUUAUGGAAUGCCCUUGAAAAAGGAUAUGAGCGAUCCCUGGGAGCAUCGACACGGUAUCGCGCUGACUUUCCGCGAGCUCGGCGCUAUUUUCCCAGAAGAUGAGAUUGCGCCAUUCCUUGCUUUUCUCAUCGAAAGCGGACCGCUCAGCGACAAGAACGGGACCGUCCGAGACAGCAUGGUAGAUGCGGCGACAACUGUGGUGUCCACACGCGGAAAAGGCUUGGUGGAGCCGCUCAUGAAGCUCUGUGAGAGCACUCUGGGAGGCAGCAGCAAGACACCGGAGCAAGAUCUGGUCAACGAGGCGGUUGUGAUUCUCUACGGAGCUCUGGCCCGCCAUCUGCCACCAGGAGACGACCGCGUCCCGAAGGUCGUGAACCGACUUCUGUCGACUCUCAGCACUCCCUCCGAGUCUGUACAGUAUGCGGUAGCACAGUGUUUGCCGCCGCUUGUCCGAGCUUCUGCGGACCAAGCCAGCACGUACCUCACACAGUUGAUCGACGAGACUCUCCACUCCAAGAAAUAUGCUGCUCGCCGUGGUGCUGCUUACGGACUUGCUGGAGUCAUCAAAGGUCGUGGAAUAUCUCUGAUGAAGGAGACGCGCCUGCUCUCAACACUACGCAGCGCAGCAGAGAACAAGAAGGACAUCAAUGAGCGGCAAGGAGCCUACCUGGCUUAUGAGCUCUUGUCUCUUCUUCUGGGACGUAUCUUUGAGCCAUACGUGAUUCAGAUUGUGCCACAACUGCUUGGUGGUUUCGGUGACGCGACUGCAGACGUGAGAGACGCCUGUCUGGACGCAUCCAAAACCUGCUUCGCCAGUCUGAGCUCCUUUGGUGUCAAGCAAGUUCUGCCACAACUGCUCGAAGGACUCGACGAACAAGCGUGGCGGAGCAAGAAGGGGGCCUGCGACUCACUCGGCGCUAUGGCGUACCUGGACGCGAACCAACUGGCAGUCAGCUUGCCAGAGAUCAUUCCUCCGCUGACAGAAGUACUCAACGACAGCCACAAAGAAGUGCGUCUUGCUGCCAACCGCAGCUUGCAGCGUUUCGGCGAAGUCAUCGAAAACCCCGAGAUCAAGGGCCAAGUUAGCAUUCUGCUCAAGGCACUCAGUGACCCUACCAAGUACACUGAUGACGCCCUCGACGCGUUGAUCAAAAUCAACUUCCUGCAUUUCAUCGAUGCACCCUCCCUUGCGCUUGUCGUUCGCAUUCUGGAACGUGGACUGGGCGACAGAUCGGGAACCAAGCGUAAGGCGGCACAAAUCAUUGGCAGUCUGGCACAUCUCACAGAACGCAAAGAUCUUCUCGUGCAUUUACCGAUCCUGGUUGCCGGCUUGCGCAGUGCUGUCGUAGAUCCCGUGCCAACCACUCGUGCGACAGCUUCGAAGGCUCUGGGUUCAACGAUCGAGAAGCUCGGAGAAGAUGCUCUGCCCGAUCUCAUCCCCAGCUUGAUGACCACCCUCAAGUCCGACACGGGCGCAGGCGACCGUCUUGGUUCUGCGCAAGCGCUCAGUGAAGUGCUCGCUGGGCUUGGUACCAGUCGCCUGGAGGAGACCUUACCCACGAUCCUGCAGAAUGUCGCGAGCACCAAGCCUUCUGUACGUGAGGGCUUCAUGUCGCUUUUCAUCUUCUUGCCUGCAUGUUUCGGGCAGAGUUUUGCGAACUACCUCGCGCGUAUUAUCCCAUCGAUAUUGGCUGGACUUGCCGAUGAUGUGGAGUCGAUUCGAGAGACCGCUCUUCGUGCCGGACGUCUGCUCGUCAAGAACUUUGCAAGCAAGUCUGUCGAUCUCCUGUUGCCCGAGCUCGAGCGCGGUCUUGCCGAUGACAGCUACCGCAUUCGUCUCAGCUCUGUGGAACUCAUCGGCGACCUGUUGUUCAAUCUCACUGGCAUCAGCGGCAAGACUGAAGCGGAAGAUCUGGACGAGGGGGCGAACGAGGCGGGCGCGAACUUGCUGGAGGUGCUGGGCGAAGAGAAGCGCAACAGAGUCCUUGCGGCGCUGUACAUCUGUCGCAUGGAUACUUCAGGUCUGGUCCGCACAUCCGCAAUGAACGUGUGGAAGGCACUGGUCUCCUCCCCGCGAGUCCUCAAGGAUCUCAUUCCGAUCCUCACCCAGCUUCUCGUCAAGCGUCUGGCCAGCUCCAACCACGAGCAGAAGAUCAUCGGCGGUAAUGCGCUGGGAGAACUCAUCCGAAAGGCUGGCGAUGGUGUCUUAUCGGCACUGUUGCCCACUCUGGAAGAGCACUUGCAAACCUCGUCCAGCACAGAUUCUCGCACGGGUAUCUGUAUAGCAUUGCGCGAACUCAUCACAGCAUCGACAGAAGAAUCGCUCGAGGACCACCAACAGAGGCUGAUAUCUGUCAUGCGUACAGCCUUGGUCGACACCGAUGAAGACGUUCGAGAUGCUGCAGCAGAGGCCUUUGACUCCUUGCAAAAGUUGAUGGGCAAGCGUGCCAUCGACCAAGUGCUACCAUAUUUGUUGCAACUGCUGCGCACCGAAGGAGAAGCCGCCAACGCUCUGUCGGGUCUUCUGACGCUGCUCACGGACUCGACCAGAUCGAACAUCAUUCUGCCCAACCUACUGCCAACAUUGAUCGCAUCGCCCAUCUCGUCGUUCAACGCACGUGCGCUGGCGUCUCUGGCUGAGGUGGCCAGCUCUGCCAUGACGCGGAAGCUGCCGAACAUCCUGAAUGCGCUCAUGGACAAUAUCAUCGUCUGCAAGGAUGAAGAGCUCAAGUCAGAGCUCGAUGCCGCGUUUGACACUCUCAUUCUUUCUGUUGACGAGUUCGAUGGUCUCAAUACGAUGAUGAGCGUCAUGCUCGCACUGUCGAAGAACGACGAUCACCGCCGGCGUUGUGUUGCGGACUUGCACUUUGCAGCAUUCUUCGGAAAGGCGGAUGUGGACUUUUCACGCUACUAUCCAGACGUCAUCCGCGCUAUGCUCAUCUCCUUUGACGAUAGUGACACUGAAGUCGUGAAGGCGGCCUGGACCGCUUUAAGCCAGCUCAUGCAGCGCCUCAAGAAGGAAGAGAUGGAGUCGCUUGUCAGCUCGACACGACAGACACUCAAUCAAGUUGGUGUUGCCGGUCAUCCUUUGCCAGGGUUCUCCUUGCCCAAAGGCAUCAAUGCCAUUCUACCAGUCUUUCUGCAAGGUCUCAUGAAUGGGUCCGCGGAGCAGCGUAUACAGGCAGCACUGGGGCUGUCAGAUCUCAUCGAUCGCACCAGUCCCGAUGGUCUCAAGCCGUUCGUCACACAGAUCACUGGUCCGCUGAUUCGAGUGGUCUCCGAGCGUUCGGUUGAGCUCAAAGCGGCCAUCUUGCUCACCCUGAACAAUCUGCUAGAGAAGAUUCCGACGUUCCUGAAGCCUUUCUUGCCGCAGCUGCAGAGAACCUUUGCAAAAUCCCUAGCAGAUCCUGGCAGUGAGGUGUUGAGAUCAAGGGCCGCGCGUGCUCUGGGUACUCUCAUCACUAUGACACCACGAAUCGAUCCUUUGAUUGCCGAGCUCGUGACAGGGUCCAAGACGACCGACUUGGGUGUCAAGAAUGCCAUGCUCAAAGCAUUGUACGAAGUUGUCAGCAAAGCCGGUGCCAAGAUGAGCGAAGUCUCGCAAAACGCCAUCUUGGGCCUCAUAGACUCCGACGCGGGCGACGCGGAUGAUUCCCUGAACAUCGCCUACGCCAAACUUCUCGGCGCUCUCAUCGCAGUCAUUCCCGCAGAAAACACUGUCAGUCUGAUGAAAGUCCGAGUCCUGAACUUCAACUUUACGCAUUCCACCAUCCUCGCGCUCAACGCUGUCCUGGUGGACGCACCUGAGCGCCUGACCAAUGGUUUGGAUGAAAUCACUCGAGAGGUCCUGGUCCGAGGCAUCAACCACACGCAGCCUUUCAUCGCAGAUAAAGCCAUCCUCGCAGCAGGCAAAUACUUGCUGACCGAGACGGGCAACAAGAGCUUCGAAGGCGUGAAGCCCAUCAUGCAGGCCCUCGCAGAUGCUUUACCACUGGGAAAACCAGUCGACACUCGUCGCCUGGCCCUCGUGGUGAUCCGCACUGUUGCCAGACAACGCUCUGAGCUCGUCCGUCCUCACCUCAACAUCCUGGUCACGCCUGUUUUCCGCAGUGUGAGGGAUCCUGUCAUUCCCGUCAAGCUAUCGGCCGAAGCAGCUUUCCUGCAAAUCUUUGAGGUGGUGGAGGAGGAGAGUGCAGUAUUUGAUAAAUAUCUGGCCUCGAAGGAUGGGCAAGCGCUCGCAGCGCAGGACAAGAGGAGUAUGCAAGAGUACUUUAAGCGAAUUGCGUUGAGGCUGAGUGGGCAGGCGAGGGAGAGGAAAGAGGCCGAGGGUGGCAGUGGCGGACUCGGGCUGACGAGUGAUGAAAAGGAAGAUGAGAGGGAGGUUUGGAGUGUGGGCAAAGUCGAUUUGGGAGAAGGUGUUAGUGAUGAGUAGACGAAACGCGAAAAAGCGAAAACCAAUUGUGCACACACAUGUCUCGCAGAGGAGAAAUAGUUGUGCUGCUGCUGCUGAUGAUGAUACAGUAGAACCAAGUCCAUGAAUGAGAG